AUGAGCUGGACAGCUACAUGUACCAGACAGUGGGUCAUCAAGCUAUAGAGCUAUAUGCUGAUGCCAUGGACCUGCCUCUCUACAGACACACCAUCCAGGGCUCCAGCCUGGACACCAGCAGAAACUACAGUAUAACAGAGGGAGAUGAGGUGGAGGACCUGUAUCAGCUACUGCAUCUUGUCAAGGAAAAGGAGGGUGUCGAGGCAGUGUCUGUAGGGGCCAUUCUGUCUGAUUACCAGAGGAUCCGUGUGGAAAAUGUAUGUACACGGCUUGGUUUGCAGCCCUUGGCUUACCUGUGGCGUCGAGACCAAGAGACACUUCUCUCUGAGAUUAUAUCAUCUAAUCUACAUGCUAUCCUCAUCAAAGUUGCUGCCUUUGGUCUGGAUCCAGAGAAGCACUUAGGGAAAUCCCUUGCUGAAAUGGAACCCCAUCUGAAACAGCUCUUCAACAAAUAUGGAGUCCAUAUCUGUGGUGAGGGAGGCGAAUAUGAAACUUUCACCCUGGAUUGUCCUCUCUUCAAAAAGAAAAUAGUUAUUGACACAGCUGAGACAGUAAUCCACUCAGCAGAUGCUUUUGCUCCAGUUGGCUACCUGCGCUUCACCAAAAUGCACACAGAGAACAAACAUGAUGAUGUGGUGGCGAUAGCGCUGCCCCAUGGUAGUUGUCCUUGCCAGAGCGCCAUUGACAAGAUGACUGAAGAGGUGGAAUAUGCUGAUCAAGCCGAAGACAACCAGCACAAAUUUACAUCAAACUGUGACCUUAGUUGUCAGCGGGGCCACGCGAAUUCUCCAUCAUGUUCAAAAAGAAGCUCCAGAGGCUAUCAGUGGAUCUCGGGCAUUAAUGGACUUAAAAGUCAAGAAGUUGAAAUUGAGAGUCAGACAUCUGCAGCUUUCACACAACUGCAAAAUGAAAUGGACACCAGAGGUUGGAAGUUGAAAAACAUCAUAUUGGUUCACCUGUAUGUGAGGAACAUGGAAGACUUUGCUGUCCUUAAUUCAGUCUACAAGAAACACUUUGAUACAAAUCCUCCAGCCAGGGUUUGUGUUCAGGCACCUCUCCCUGCCGGUCAGCUGCUGCAGAUGGACUGUUUGCUCCAUGACUGGCUUGAGCCUCCGGAGGAAGGCUGCUUCCACCAGAAGGAAGCCCUGCAUGUCCAGAGCCUGUCCCACUGGGCCCCAGCUAACAUAGGGCCGUACAGCCAGGCCCUCAGGGUAGGUGAGGUGGUGUUCUGUGCUGGUCAAAUUGCUUUGGUCCCCUGCACCAUGCAUUUAGUAAAGGCUGGUACCUACACUCAAACCCGAAUGUCUUUCAGCCAUGUGAAGAAGGUUCUGGAAGCUGUGAUCAACAACUUGACUCUGGCGCAUGUSGUCCAGGCCCACUGCUACACUACAAGACGCCAAGACAUUGCUAUGAUCAGAACUGUCUGGGACAGCAUGCUGAAGUCUACAGGGGAAGAGAAGAACUUCUGGGAAUCUGAAGUCAAACCAGUGCCAUUGUUGAUCGUAGUGGUACCUGCCUUACCCAAGGAUGCUGCUGUUGAGCUUCAUGUAACUGCAGUUGAAGAUGAUCCCUCCCAAAGAACAUCCUAUCAAAUAACUACACAUGUGGGGCAUGGAUCUAUUGAGUGCCACACUGAACUGUCUGCUGAUGGCUGUAGUGGGUCUCUGUCGCUUUCUUUGGAUGUUCUUGGUGACAAGCUGGAGGCAAGUGAUGUGAAAUGUAUCAGAGAGGAAGUUGGCUCCAUAUUCGUGAAGGCCAUGAAGAUGAUGAACACUCAGCUGGUGCCACAGUGUGCACGGGUGUUCUACAAGUGCAGCCACACGCUGGUUCAUCAGAUUGUUGAAGGACUUGAAGAAAGUUUGAGAAGCUCUUUGGCACAGUCCAGCCCGUCCUUGGCCUUUGUUCCAGUCUUGGACCUGUCAWACUCCCAGAUCUUCCACUUGUCCUGCUGGCUCAGUUUAUAGAAGUGUAUAUAGCAACUGACAGCUUUAAACUUCAGUGAAGCCUUUCUGGAGAAAUUACUAUGAAAAUCUAAUGACUUAAAAACAAAAGGAGAUGUGAAAAGACUUCCCAUCACGGACUAUUUAUAAUACUGUAGCUAAUUGUUGAUGUUUGAUUAAAAAAAGUGUGUCUCUAAACGUUCUCAAAGUUUACAGGUUGAAGCCUGUGUUUAUUCUAUUUUGAACUCCAGAACCUUGGCCAGUGAUCCACGUUUUUCCCCCCAGCAGAGUUUAAGACCACAACAGCUGUUACUUUACCUCAAAGAUGAGUCUAAUGAAACUUCUACAACCUAAAAGUACAUACCAGAGGAUUACAGAGCAUAGUCUACAAAGCAGAGUUUUUUAUUUCAGGAGGUGAUAAACUUCAUCCCCUAAUAUCUUACUGAUUCUGGUGGAGUUUCUCUGAGCUCACGAGCUGACAGUCCUCAUAAAGACCCAGCACCUCUGACAGCAUCUGUUCAGCUGUAAACCUGUAGAUUUACUGUGCGACUGGUUCAAGGCUGUGUGUAAUGUAUUUGGAUGAGGUGAGCGAGUUUCUCUCUCAUGCUCCAUGGGGCACUAGGUGUGUUAUUAUUGUGUAAUAGGCAAUCAGCACCAAGCACCUGAAAAGAUUAAGCCUCUUUAUGUUUUCUAUUGAUUCAAAGGCAGCCUGGUUAAUAGAAGAAGGACACGAGCGCGCAAGGCUUCAGGGCAAGUGUGUGCUUUGUUAAGGAGUGUGCGCACGUUGAGGGGAUGUCGGUGGUCACAGUGUGACAAUAUUGGAAGAAAAUAACACCAUUAACCAAUGCUCCUGGAACAUUUGUUUUCUCAAAGAGCGUGAACCAUAUUGAUAAUCUAAGUUUGAAAGCAUCUUCACCCCGGCGAAUCUCUUCAUUGUGCUCGUGGAGCCGAGUGGGGUAUUGAUCUUCACCCAACACGAUGUUCUUCUGAUUGUUGUCAUCAAAAAUUGAACAAUAGAGGCAGCCGAUGGAGCCUUAAGAGCUGUAUUGAUUGUUGAAAAAUACGAAGACGCAAUUAUUUAUGAGCACAAGCGUCUGAUUCUGCAUAAAUAUACAGUGUGUGUGUUAACGUUCAGCUGAAAUAAACACAACCUUCCACUGGAGGGAGAUUCUGAA